UCAUAAACUUACUACUUUCCUCAUCAUCCCAACUCACAUAUUUUUCAUAAUCUUUUUUGCUACUGAAAAAAUUGACAUCUCAACUUGUAACAAACUCUCUCAUGGCGAUGGCUUUCAAGAUGGCGAUGACGGGAAUGUGGGUGACUGAAGAAUGCAAGAACUCGUUCAUGGAGAUGAAGUGGAAGAAGGAGCAUAGAUACAUAGUGUUCAAAUUCGAUGAGGGCUCGAAGAAGCUCACCGUCGACAAGGUCGGCGGUCCCGCCGAGGGCUACGACGACCUCGCGGCGGCGCUGCCAGAGGACGACUGCCGCUACGCCGUCUUCGACUUCGACUUUGUCACCGUCGAUAAUUGCCGGAAGAGCAAAAUCUUCUUCAUCGCAUGGUCCAUUCCUUUUUCUUUAACUAUCAUUUUCUUACAACUUGUGCUAUUUUUUAUCUUGUCUUUUUCUAUAUUUUAUUUUAUCAUUGCACGUCAUCCAUAUCAUAUAAUUAAGCACGUUAGUCACUCGCCUAAGGUUUCUAUGGUUAUUUGGAUUUCACUUAAAUCUAGAUGACGAAUUAAUAUUUUGGAUUAUAGGGAGUGGUUGAAAUGAGUUUAUAUAUAUGGUUAGGUUUUAUGGAGAAUUUAUUUAUUUAUUUUUAUUUUUUUCUGAAAGUUAUGAAUGUUGAACAUGUCAAUGGUUUUGGACGAACAUAGCAAUAAUUUUAUUGAACGUUUGGGAUCGAAUCCUGGAGUGCGAAAUUUUAAACAAAUACAUCUUUUCAAUAAAUACGUUCGUUCAUAAAAAAAUAUUGGCAUGUUCAUCACAAUUAUUGAUAUGUUCAUCGAAAUCUGGACACGAGAUUUAUUCUUAAUUCUGGACCGUUUGAUGGAUCAUGAUCAAUGGAUGAAAUUGUUUCUCAUUUCUUUAAAUAUUUGUCUUUCUCAAUAGAACUUUUCCCUAUAUAUAUGUGUGUGUGUGUAUAUAUAUAUAUAUAUAUAUAUAUAUAUAUGGUAUAAAUAAGAAUUAUUUUUAAUCUUUAAAUCGUAAAAAUUCACGAUAAAUUCAACACGUUGCUGAAUGAAACUGUGAUUUAAAUUUCAAAUCUUAUAGGCGAAGAAAAAUUCAUUUUCUUGAAUACGUCAUUUUUCACAUAGAAUUCAUAAUGUUUUAUAGAGUUUUAUUGGAAUUAGCAGCUUGCAUUCACACAUAAAAAAGAAUUAUUUUAAUAAAUAUUUUUUUAUGAAUGUAAAUUUAUAUUAUAUUUUAUUUUAUUUUAUAGAAACAUUUGUCAUUUUAGUAUAUUUUUUGAAUCAAUUAUUGGAUAAUUUUUGAAAAGUAUAAUGUUAUAACUCAUAAAAUUGAAAAAAGAAUCAUGUGAAUGUAGUAUAAAAAAAUACUUUUAAUUAAUUAAGCAUCCUCUAAUUUUAUCGUCAUGUUUAUUUUCUAAGUUUCAUUUUUACUUAAUUAAUUUUAGUUACAAGGAUAUUCUAACAAAAUUAAAUUUCUAAUAAAACUAUUAAGUAAUCAUUUGUAUUAGUAUUCGUAAUACUAAGUAUAAAACAAGGCCCAUGUAAAUCAUAAAGUUUUGUUGGAACAAAUUUUAUACUCCUAUAAAUCUAUUCUAAUUUGUUAGUAUAUUAACACCCCCAACAAAAAAAAAUAAAUAAUAAAAAUUGAAGAAAUGAUUACCCAUGUAAUGAGUACUCGAACCCUCGAUUUAAUUGUUAAAUGAAAAAUGUCUUAUCAAUUGAGCCGCAUUACGUUUUGAAAUAGAAAUCGAUGAUUAAUUACUUGUAUUUUGUUAAUGAUGAAUUUACUUACAUUCCAAUUUUGCAUUUUUAGGGCGCCAAGUGCUUCGAGGAUUAGGGCAAAAAUGUUGUAUGCGACAUCGAAAGAUGGAUUAAGGAGGGCAUUAGAGGGCAUUCACUAUGAAGUUCAAGCAACUGAUCCAACUGAGAUGGGCUUCGAUGUUAUUAAGGAUAGAGUUAAAUAACUAAUUAUUCACCCUAAUUCCACAAUUAAGAUAAACCUAAUUAAUCAUGAUAUCGGCAUCUAAUCUCUUUUAAUCUUACUGUCGUUGCAAUAACUAUGAUGUAUUAUUUGUCACUGUAUUCUAAUCUCGUAUUUUGUAUAAUCACACAUAUAUAUAUAUAUGUGAUUAAAUUAGGAUAUCAACUUAGAAAAUACAGUGAGAAUAUCAUCUUUUUGGAGCCCUCUAAUAAACACUUUGUAUUUUCCUAAUAAUCUGGUUACUAAUGAUUAACAACUUGGUACCUUUUCACAUAAA